UAAAGCUUGAUUAUCACGACCUCUCGGCUCUCUGGUAGUGCAACGGCUCCGCUAUCAGUGCAUUAGCUGCGGUCGCAUCCCGGAAUGCGGAUUUAUCACUGUUGGUUUUGUUCCAGCCCCAUAUACCCUGGACACGGAACACUUUUCGUCCGUAACGAUUGCAAGGAAUUCAGAUUUUGUCGCGGGAAAUGUCACAAAGCCUUCAAAAAGCACAGAAAUCCACGCAAGGUUAAGUGGACCAAAAUCUCUCGUAAAUGUUUGAAGAAAGAGCUCUCCGAUGACCUUUCACAGACGUUCGAAAAGAAACGCAAUGCUUUGUUCCGUUACGAACGAGACAAGGUCCUUAGAACAGUGGAGGCCGUACCAAAGAUCUUGAGCAUCAAACAGAAACGGGAGUCUGCUUUUAUCAAAAAGCGGCUCAUGACAGGUGUUAUACAGCGUAAAGAAGAGGACAUUAGACUCGUAAACACUCAAAUGUACCUCAUCAAGGCUCCCAAUGCAAAGGAAAGUGUCACAAAAAUGGACGAAAGUCGCACGGUUUCCGAAUCAGAAGAGACUGCGGACGUUCCUAUGGAGAGGUUGGAGAACGAAGUUGCGAAGGAGAGGCAGUCUACAAGGCGCAUGAAACUACCCAGAAAAAAGCGUGUGAAACUUUUGUCAAAAUCUUAAAUCGUUUUUCUCUCUUGUACUGUCUUUAUGCUCACGAGUUGACCUGCCUUGUCAAUUGGUCUCGGGGUUGUAACCGUCUCUGCUCGUAACGUAGCAGUUUCUUUCCGGAUUUACAAUAUUUGUUGGUGGCCUAAAAGGCGUAGACUGAUCGGAGUUGUACAGGAGAUUCAACUAUAUGGAACACGAAUACAAUCGUAG